UGAACAGUUUACAUAUUUAUUUAUUUAUUACAAUUCUAUUAAAUAUUUUUGUUGACUCACAUAUAAAUUUAAAAUGGCGUUAAGAGGUAUCAAAGUUAUAGAAAUGAUAGGAUUAGCUCCAGGUCCUUUUUGUGGAACAAUAUUAGCAGAUUUUGGGGCAACAGUAACAGUUGUUCAAAGGUUGAAUCCUUCUCCUGUAGAAGUGAUGUUAAAUGGUAAAAGAACCAUUUCCAUUAAUUUAAAAACAAAAGAAGGGAUGGAAAUAUUGAAAAAGUUGUGCACCACAUCAGAUGUUUUAUUGGAUACAUACAGACCCGGUGUACUUGAAAAGUUAGGAUUGUGUUCUAAGACACUUUUAAAAGAAAAUUCAAGAUUAAUUUAUGCACAAUUAACAGGAUAUGGACAAAGUGGUCAUUAUAGAAAUAAAGCGGGUCAUGAUAUAAAUUAUGUUGCUAUGUCUGGUUUACUUUCUAAGCUUACUAAAAAUGGGCAACCACCUCAACCACCACUUAAUAUCAUAGCAGAUUUUGCUGGUGGUAGUGUUAUAUGUGUUCUAGGAAUACUUUUAGCAUUACUGGAAAGGACAAAAUCUGGAAAGGGACAAAUAAUAGAUGCAAGUAUGACUGAAGGUGCAGCAUACAUUGGAGCUUGGUUAUACAAAACACAAAAUACAAACUUAUUUAGUGGAGAGCCUGGUACAAAUAUGUUGGACGGUGGUUAUCCAUUUUAUACAACUUAUAAAACAAAAGAUAAUAAAUUUAUGGCAGUUGGGGCAUUGGAACCUCAAUUCUAUGCAAAUCUUUUAAAAGGAUUAAAUCUAUCUGAAGAAAUAUAUACACAAGGUGAUAUAGAUAUUUGUAAAAAAAAAUUUGAAGAAAUUUUCUUGACAAAAACACAAGAGGAAUGGAGCUCUAUUUUUGAAAAUUUAGAUGCUUGUGUUACUCCAGUAUUAGAUAUAGAUCAAGUGGGUGACCAUAUCUGCCAUUCAUCACGAAAAUCAUUUUAUAAAGAUGAAGAAAAUUACAUUCAGCCAGAACCCGCUCCUAAAUUAUCUAUAUCACCAGGAAUACCGAGUGGUAAACAAAAAUCUCCAAAGCAUGGAGAACAUACAGUUAUGGUAUUAAAAGAAUUAGGAUAUACAAACUCAAAAAUACAAGACUUGAUUAAAAAUAAUUGCAUAUAUGCUUAUACUAAUUCACAACUUUAAUUAUUUUAACAAUUGAUUAAUAGCAAGUUCAAUAUUUAAUAACUUUGGUGCUAUAUUGGGUGAUAGAAUAUUUUUAAGGAACAAGUGAUGGUUUUGUAUAGACUUAAUUAUUUUUAAUAUAAUUUUUAAAUCAAAAUAGACAUGAUUCUUUCCAAGACAGUAAACAUUAAAUAAUAA